UCGCCGCCCCUCUCUCCCGCGGGCACGGCGCGCGGCAUGGCGGCGCCUGGCCUGUCCUGGCGUUGGCGAGCUUCUGGGCUCGCGUUCAUAUUCUUUCUCGCGAGGUUGGAGGAGGCAGCCUGCUCCACCAUCGGGGGACAGGUCAGGUCCACCGUGAGCCCCGGAUACGCGAGCGCGCAUGGGGCCUCGCGGUGGACCGUGACGGCCGCCGGCCAGCUGCUCGAGGAGGGAGUGGCUGACAACAGAAUGCCGAACGCGAGCGCGCUGGCGACGUUCGCCGAGGAGCUCCUCGUGGAACCCGGCACCGACGCGCCGGCGGAGAGCCGCGCCGUGGACCAGCGCCAGGAGGGGCUGCAGGAGGACGAGGCAAAAGAUCCAGCCGACAGCAGGAUGCCGAGCGCGAGCGAGCUGUGGGAGCGUGCGGAGGAGGCAGCCGAGGAAGCCGGCGCCAGCGGGGCAGCGGAGGGCGAUAUCGCCGUGGAGCAAUCGGGCUCAGAGGACCCUGUCGACAGCAGGAUGCCGAGCUCGAGCGAGCUGGGGGAGCGUGCGGAGGAGGCUCCCGUGGAGUCUGGCACCAGCUUGGCAGCAGAGAGCCAGGCGGCCCACUCGGCCCAGGAUGAGGUGGAGGACCUGGCCGACAGCAGAACGCCGAAUGCGAGCGAGCUGUGGGAACGUCCCGAGAUUAUGGUGGAGUCCGACGCCGAUGCGGAAGCAGCGUCAGCCUCCUCGGGCCCGUGCACUGCGAGCGGCAGCAGCACCAACAACAAGCCGGAGAACACGCGGACGUACUCCAGCGUCUGGGGCAACCAAGCGGCAGGGACCGGACACGCUCGGUCCGCGCUCGACUCGGUGCAGGCUUGGAGCUCCAGGUACAACAGUGUGGGCCAGUGGAUGCAGAUGGACCUGGGGGCAUCAGUGACUGUCAGCGGCGUUGUGACCCAAGGUCGUGCAAACUGGAAUCAGUGGGUGACCAGCUACGAGGUGGCAACGUCCCUGGACGGGAAGCACUGGAAGGAUAUCAGCGGCCGUUUCGCUGGCAACAGUGACCGCUCGACAAAGGUGAAGGCGAUGCUCCCGUCUCCACAGCUGGCGCGCUAUAUCCGCAUCAAACCCCAGGCAUGGCAUGGACACAUGUCGAUGAGAGCCGCCGCCCUCACCUGCUCGGCCCCCCCGACGGGCAAGUCGGUCGCGGUGGGGGCUGCCGCAGGUGCCGACCCUUCGAGCAGUGCGGUCUCGUGCUCUGCGAGCAGUGGCGUUUGGGACAACCAGCCGGAGAACACGCGGACGUACUCCAGCGUUUGGGGCAACCAAGCGGCAGGGACUGGGCACGCCCGGUCCGCGCUCGACUCGGUGCAGGCUUGGAGCUCCAGGUACAACAGUGUGGGCCAGUGGAUGCAGAUGGACCUGGGAGCAGCGAUGUCAGUAAGGGGCGUUGUAACCCAAGGUCGUGCAAACUGGAAUCAGUGGGUGACCAAAUAUCAGGUGGCCACCUCUUUGGAUGGUACUCACUGGCAAACCAUCGGCGGCACCUAUACAGGCAACAGGGAUCGCUCGUCCAAGGUGAAAGGAAUGUUUGCGGCCUCGGAGUUGGCGCGUUAUGUCCGCAUCAAGCCCCAGAAAUGGCAUGGGCACAUGUCGAUGAGAGCCGGAGUCCUGACCUGCGCGGCCCCGGUGAAGGCUGCUUCAGUCUCCUGUGAUGCGAGCAGUAGCAUUUGGGUCAACGAGCCAGAGAACAAGAGGGCGUACUCCAGCGUCUGGGGCAAUAACAAGGUGGGCACCGGGCACGCCCGGUCCACUCUCGACUCCUAUCAGGCUUGGAGCUCCAGGUACAACUCUAUUGGCCAGUGGAUGCAGAUGGACCUGGGCGCAGCGAAGUCAGUCAGGGCCAUUGUGACUCAAGGUCGCUUUCGUUCUGGUCAGUGGGUGACCAGCUACCAGGUGUCCGUGUCCGAUGAUGGCAAGUCGUGGCAGGACUUCGGCGACACUUUCACGGGCAACAGAGACCGCGACACAAAGGUGCAGGGCAUUCUCCCGUCUUGUGUGUCGGCGCGCUAUGUCCGCAUCAAGCCCCUGGACUGGUACCGGCACAUGUCGAUGAGAGCCGGAGUGCUCACUUGCGCAGGCCCAGUCAAGGCCGCUGCAAGAAGUGCGAGUGGCGCUUCGUGCGAUGCGACCAGUAGCAUUUGGGUCAACGAGCCAGAGAACAAGAGGGCGUACUCCAGCGUCUGGGGCAAUAAUAAGGUGGGCACCGGGCACGCCCAGUCCACUCUCGACUCCUAUCAGGCUUGGAGUUCCAGGUACAACUCCAUUGGCCAGUGGAUGCAGAUGGACCUGGGCGCAACGAAGACAGUCAGGGGCGUUGUGACUCAAGGUCGCUGGCGUUCUUCUCAGUGGGUGACCAGCUACCAGGUGUCCGUGUCCGAGGAUGGAAGGUCGUGGCACGACAUUGGCGCCACUUUCACGGGCAACAAGGAUCGCGACACGAAAGUGAAGGGGAUGCUCCCGUCCCCUGUCGCAGCGCGCUAUGUCCGCAUCAAGCCCCUGGCCUGGCGCAGUCACAUGUCGAUGAGAGCCGGAGUGCUCACCUGCGCAGGCACGGUCAAGGCUGCUGCAGUCUCGUGCGUUGCCAGCAGUGGCGUUUGGAUUAACCAGCCGGAGGACAAGCGGACAUAUUCCAGCGUCUGGGGCAACCAAAAGCCUGGGACAGGGCACGCCCAGUCCACGCUCGACUCCUAUCAGGCUUGGAGCUCCAGGUACAACUCCAUUGGCCAGUGGAUGCAGAUGGACCUGGGCGCAGCGAAGUCAGUCAGGGCCAUUGUGACUCAAGGUCGCUUUCGUUCUGGUCAGUGGGUGACCAGCUACCAGGUGUCCGUGUCCGAGGAUGGCAAGUCGUGGCACGACAUUGGCGCCACUUUCACGGGCAACAAGGACCGCGACACGAAGGUGCAGGGCAUUCUCCCGUCCUGUGUGUCGGCGCGCUAUGUCCGCAUCAAGCCCCUGGCCUGGCGCAGUCACAUGUCGAUGAGAGCCGGAGUGCUCACUUGCGCAGGCCCAGUCAAGGCUGCUGCAAGAAGUGCGAGUGGCGCUUCGUGCGAUGCGAGCAGUAGCAUUUGGGUCAACGAGCCUGAGAACAAGAGGGCGUACUCCAGCGUCUGGGGCAAUAAUAAGGUGGGCACCGGGCACGCCCAGUCCACUCUCGACUCCUAUCAGGCUUGGAGCUCCAAGUACAACUCCAUUGGCCAGUGGAUGCAGAUGGACCUGGGCGCAACGAAGACAGUCAGGGGCGUUGUGACUCAAGGUCGCUGGCGUUCUUCUCAGUGGGUGACCAGCUACCAGGUGUCCGUGUCCGAGGACGGCAAGUCGUGGCAGGAAUUUGGCGCCACUUUCACGGGCAACAAGGACCGCGACACGAAGGUGCAGGGCAUUCUCCCGUCCUGUGUGUCGGCGCGCUAUGUCCGCAUCAAGCCCCUGGCCUGGCGCAGCCACAUGUCGAUGAGAGCCGGAGUGCUCACUUGCGCAGGCCCAGUCAAGGCUGCUGCAAGAAGUGCGAGUGGCGCUUCGUGCGAUGCGAGCAGUAGCAUUUGGGUCAACGAGCCAGAGAACAAGAGGGC